UACAAAUUCUUCAUCAAGCUGUUAGCAAUUCAAUCAAUCAAUUAUGAGAAAAGUUAAACCCACAUCUCUAAGCUAUCCAAAUGCAAACUUAGUCCUCUGUUACAAAGGGCGAGGCACAAACCAGCAUCAUCAACAACAACACAGACAACUGGGGGGCGGGGGACGAAGGAAGAUGAUCAAAGUACCUAUUUCAAUCUAAAACCCUACUCAUUUCUUACACAUUGGAUUACAAAUCAGUGCGAGAAGCUCGCAACAAAAUGAAAUCAAGCAUGCUCCCGUCUCGGACAAAAAACAAAAGAAAUAACAUUGGUGCUUAUGUACUCUUGUUACCAGACAUUGAUUGAUUUGCUUGCUUACACAGUCACUGUGUGUCUGCUUGGCCGUUUCCCUUCCAUUGCAUCUUUCUUCUUCCGACAGUUAGUGCACAGGAAGGGGCCUUCCCAUGGCUUCGAUCCAGGUGCAAAAAAUGGACCCGAGUUAACUGAGAAACAAUCUCCUGGUGUUUGGUCUGAAGGCAAAUCUUUCUUUCGGGUUGUUUGGACCGCACAUCUAUAGAUGCAUGCGUUUCUGUCUGAAGGCAAAUCUUUCCCCAGUCUGCAAUUCAUGGCAUUCGAAAUGCCAAAAGCAUGAGUGAAGAACAACAUAACAUAGAACUAAAGCCUUCUUUUCAAGGUUUAGAACUAGAGUUAAGCACGCAAUGCAUUAGUUCGAGGGGUGGGAUUGGUUUUAGAAUGAAAGACAUCAGUUUCUGGUUUGGUUAACCGAAAUUUCAAACACAAUAAACAAUACCUGUCAAAGUAAAAAUAAACCAAGAUGAUACAGAACUAACACUAAAACUAAAAUACAUUCCAUGAUUUCUAAACUCCAAGAGAGCAAAUCUAACAAUUAUUAAUGAACCAAUACGUUCUGGUCUAGGCAGCGACGGAUCCAGAACACAGAAGUGCACUGGGCCGCAUUUUAUUAGAAAAUUAGAAAAGUAAAAAAAAGAUAAUGAUUAUAAUAUUUUUACAAUGUAAAUUGUACACGACGGUAUUUUAAUUUAGCGAAUGCAUCAAUAAUGGAGUCCACAUCCAUACCAAUAGUAUACACUAAAUAAAAUACUUGAGCAAUCGACUAGAAAUCCAUAGCUCAUUUUGUUGCGCAAAUUUUCACAUGUUUCGUUGUUGAAAGGGUUCUAUUCGUAUUAGUUGUUGAAACGAGCAGCAUCAACACUAGACAAAUCAAUCUACUAAUCAAUUUGCAUUGUGUUUCCAUCCCUAUAUCCACCAGCUGCUCUAGUAAAUUUUCCAAGGUAACAAACCUCAUAUAUGUUUUAGUCUUUUACGUUUUAAACUUUUUGAAUUUUUAGGUUUCAUUGUUUUUUUAGACGAAUAACCUUUGGAGUUAGAAUUUAUAAGCUAAAUUUAGAGUAGUGAUUUUGAAUAUGUUCAUAUGAAUUAUUUUUCUAAUUAUUACCAAUCUUAUUUUAAAAUAACAACAACCCGAAUAUCUAAAAUCGAAAAAUUCAUAAGGUCUAUACUAACUAUGGAUCCAGAGGAGGGCUGGGCCGGGGCCCGGGGUGGCCACCCCCUGGAUCCGCCACUGGGUCUAGGUAUGACGUUCAACAUCCUUAAAUUACAACCAAUUCCAGCAUGAUUCGAGUAAAUUCUAGUAAGGUUUAACAGAGAAAUUUAGUAACUUGUGGUAAAGUUCAUCAAUAGGUGAAGGUCUAUUUAGGGAUCAGUGAAUAUUGAUUACUUCGGCGUUGCUUAUCCUAAAACGAACAACUGAAAAAAAUAAUACAGUUUGGUUAACUAAAAACUGUAGAAUUUGGUUUUACCAGAAAAUAUUUCCACACAACGAUACACAACCAAGUUGUGCAGGAAGUUCUCUAUCAAAAUUAUAGGUGUCAAUCGGGCGGGUUUGGGCUAGGUUCAGUCGGGUUCGGGUUCAGUCGGGUUGUGGGUUAGUCGGGUUGCGGGUUUAUCGAGUUCAGGUUCAAAUGUGUUGCGGGUUAGUCGGGUUGCGGGUUCAUCGGGUUUGGGUUCAAUCGGGUUGCGGGCAAAUCGCGUUGCGGGUCCAACGGGUUUUGGGUCGGGCGGAUCGGGUUUCGGGUUGUUUGGGCCAGCGCAUCGAGUAACUUAAUCAUUACUCGUUACCAACUUACACAUUUUACUACACUAAUUUAAAAUAUUUUUCUCAACUUUUUAACCAGUUUAUUUCUACCUCGCAUAUAUAUACUUAUGGUGAUAUCAAUAUUUGCAACCAAAAGAUACCAUUAUUUGUUUAUUUGAUAUUUUAGUAUUAUUUCAGUAGUAAUUGGAUUAAAGUAUCUCGUUUAGUAUAACCAUGCAAAUCUGGUAUUUGGCCUGUGGUAUUUAACAAAAGCAGAGUGAUAAAAGGAGUUAUUUCGAAAUAACUCAUUGCCCAAAUAACUUCAAUAAACUGUUGCCAAACGAGUUAUUUGUAAAAUUGUUCGAAUUAUCCUAAAAAUUGAACCAUUAAAGAUUAACUAUCAAAUUUAGUAAAAUUAUUGUGACUUCAAUCAUAACUUACUCAAUAACAUAUAUCCUAUACACUUAGCCUUACACUCAAUCGACAAUAUUAAGUUAGUAUAUGUUGUUGAUUGUAUACCCUAAACCAUCAAUAUAUUAUACACUAACCACAUACCCUAUACCCUAACCAUAUGUCCUUAUGAGUUGUGAUUUUGCUAGUAUAGUUAAUUUAAAAGUGAAAUUCAUACUUUGAUUUUCUAAACAUAGAUAAAAUGUGAUAUUUGCUAAUUGCUAUACCCAAACCAUAUAUCCUAUACUCUACACCACAUACCUUGUACCCUAAUCAAGUAUCAUAAACAUAAAUUAAAAAGUGAUCUCCUGCCGUUAAAGACUUCAAAUGACUUCAAGUGAACAUAUGUUAAUAAAAAACUUAGAACCGUCAAAACCAUCAAUAUCUUAUACCUUAACCAUAUACCAUUACAGGAAAACUAGUCACGAGAUCUUAUUCACGGAUUUUUUCGUGUAUUAGAAAGUAGACUAACAAUCACGAUAAAAAUUUCUUUAAUUGAUUAUCUAGUUCUAAUUACGGUAAUAAAUUUAUCCAUAUUUUAAUCUUCAUUUCCUAUGAUUAAUUGUUAGUCACGGUUAAUUACCGUGAACAAUGUGACAAUAUAUAUACAAAUUUAUAGGUGGAAAUCAGGAAGUAUGUGUUUUUGGAAAAUAUGACUUUGGAUCACAAAACAAUACAACUCCUUCAUUGUUCUAAAAAUGGAAUUUUAAUAAAAAAUUGUUUUUUCCAAACACACAACUACAGAAUUAGGGUCCAAAAAGAUUACAAAAUUACAUUGGCUCCUUAAAAUUUUCAGACCAAAAGAAUUCUCGCAAAGCAAUUUCGCUCCCCCGCUUAUUCUUCCCACCUUCAUGAUACUGAAUUUUGCCUCCUGAAAUUUUGGGCUCCAAUCCUAAAAUUGUUGCCUCUCCCGCAAUUUCAUUAAACGAGGAAAAGUCUCCCCAACCCCAAACUUCUUUGUCUGUUUCUAAUUAACCUAAAUCGAUGUCGGAAAACUACUUCAUAGUCGUUACAAUCUCUUCAUCUCCCAUACCCUCCUCCAUCUCAGCGUAAUUGUUCCCCUGGCAAUAUCAAUUUUGGUGAUUCUUUUAUGGACGCCCAUUCCCCUGCAAAACUCAAUCUCAAUUGCCCAGAAGCUUUCUCAUGGCCUAUAGCUGAGGUAUGUUUGUACUCGGAUCUCUUUACUGCCACUCUUUAGUGACUCCCCUUCCUCUAUUUGAGCUCAACAAGCAGUCAUUGAUCUCUUUGUUUUAAUCGCAUGCAACUAAAGAUAUAAAGUAAUUUAACAUAAAGGGGUGAAGAAAGGGCAUUUUUCCGGAGCGGUGUUGGUGCCGGAGUGGAGCUUCCACUGUCGGGAUCUACUGCUGUCGAAGCUGCUGCUGUAGUUGCCUGCAAGGCAGAGCUGCUACAAUUGAUAUUUAUUGCUGUUGGCUGCCGAAGUAGAGCUACUGCUGCCUGCCGGAGCUGAUGUUGUCAUAGAUGGAGGUAUGCAAAACCUAAACUUUAUUCUCUCAAAAUUGCAAAUAUAAGGCGAGCGUUUUCUCACCAGUACAUUUAUAGUAGUGCUAGGGUAUCACAAAUCCAUGGCCAGGCCCAGCUUUGCCUUGACCGCCUCCUUUAGCACUCCCACCCCAAUAGCUUGCCGACGACUUCCGAUCUGUACUAACGCCACCGCCUCACCGAUGGCAUCCUCCUCCAGUCCUGUUGCUUUUUCUAUACUAUUUAGUGGUUUCUAACUGCUUGAGUGGUACUCGUUUUGACAUGCUAGGUAUACCUCUCGACUCAUCGUCGAUUUAUCUGGUUUUCAUUCGAGCUGUCACCUUGGCUAUCACUCUCAAGACUCUGGUUUCCAUCUCGUUCUUAUCCCUACUUUACAAAUGCAUCAUGUUAUGUAGUUUCAAUUUUGUUUGGUUUCUUUUUUGUUGAGUUUCAAUUAGUGGUUGCGGGCUGGCCUGGUUCCAUUUCCCUUGCAGGAUGGCAAUAUUUCCAGUUCGUUUUUUUUUUAUCUAUUUUCGGUUAUCAACCAAUCAGUGGUGCUGCAAUCUGAAACUCUGUGUAAUCUAAUGCAAAGUGCAUAAUGGGUGGAGGUCACAGAAAGAGUAUAUCUUUCAUUUCUAAUCAAUGUUUAUGUUGGACAUCUAGUUGUAAUUUAUGAAUUAUAUUAGGUAGGAAUGAGUUUGUACAAGUAAUACAGAAUCCUUAUUUGGAAAUGCUACUUGUCUAGUUGAGAUUCCGAAGUUGAGUAUGUAUGAAGGAUUUUUGUUUAGUUGCUGCUAAGUAUUGUAUGUCUGUUGACUGUUUUUAAUUUUUCUGCUUCUCAUGCUUAUUUGAUCUAUCAUGAACUUUGCUAUAGUUACAGUUUCAAAAGAAAAGAAGCAGAAGGUUUGAUUAAAUGUCAUAGAGGUUGCAGUACUCCAUAUAUCGGCAAGAAAAAGUCUUCCCCCUUUCAUUUUGAUCGUGUUUCAUUGUGUAGUCAUUACCAUGUUACUGAUGAUGUUUAUUUACAUAAUUUCCUUCUUUUCAAAUGAUCAAUGAGUAUAGAAAGCUUUAUGGCUAGAGAAUCCAGAAUACUUCAUUGUGUAGUCAUUACCAUGUUACUGAUGAUUUUUAAUUGAUUUUCAUUAUUUCGCAGUUUCGUUAGUCUUUUCAGUUUUAUAUGUUAAUUAACAUAGAUAAAUAAAUGAUGUUUAAAAUAAUUGUAUUGAGUAGCUAGUUUUUUGCCACGAUAAUGUUAAUUAUCAAUUACUAGCCACUAUGUUUGAAAUAAAUUUUGUAUAUUAAUAAUUGUCCAUGAUCUCAAUUAUUAAUUCUUCAUUAUUAAUAUUGACAUUAUGUUGAUUUUAUAUUUUAUAUUUACUUUUUUAAUUUUGUUAAAGAACUUAGUGUUCAAGUGAUCUUCAUGUUUCAAUUUUUGUAAUUUUCUUAAAAUACGUAAUAUCAAGUGAGUUUCAUAUUAUUUAAAUUCCCUAUACGAAAUGAAAAAAUAAUUUUAUU